UGUUAUUUGAAAAUCCCAGAUUAAUGAAUAUUGAUCACUUUAUAAGAAAUAUUCAAGAAUGAUUAAGUGUUCCGUUAUUAUAAACACGCUCAGAAUAAUGAUAUAAAAAUAUUCAGGGUUAAUUAUUUUAGAUGAAAUGCAUCUCAGUUGGGAAGUACUUUAAAUAGGAAAGAAAAAUCCAUCACUUAAAGCUAAUCAAGAUGAGAAAAAUGAACCCAUAGAUUGUUUUGAAGGAAUGCAAUCUAGGGAAUGAGAUGGUAAAAUGUAAAAGUAUAUACUGGAAAAUUUGAAUACAUUUGAUAAACACACACAAAAAUGGAAAUUAACUGGAUGUUAGCAAUUUUUAUGGAUUUAUUAGUUAUCAAAGAUGCUGCAUCAUAUGUAGUCGGUACCAGUACAUGUACCCAAGGACUCAUGUGUUUAGAAAACAAUAAGGUUCUCCACAAUAAUGAAAUUACACACACCAAAGUGAGGUCUUUACUGGAAUGUGUGAGAGAUUGUUUACAAGAAGUACACUGCAAGUCAAUUAACUUUUAUGAAGAUGAGGAAACUAUUUGUCGUUUACACAAUGAGACAAAAACUACUAAGCCGGGAGAUUUCAACAGUUUCAGUGAUUCAGGAGUUAUGAAAUAUUAUGACUUUGAAUGUGGGGUAGAAGCCCCAGCCUGGUGUAAAGAACAAGCACCUGUGAGUGUACUACCUGCAAGCUGUGAUGGUGAAUGGGAAGAAGUGUGGCCAGGGUUCUGUGUUAAACUGCAAGAUGACGCUAAAACAUGGAGUGAUGCCAGAAGUGAAUGUCAGGCUGCAGGAGGGGAUCUAGCCACUAUACAUGACCAAGAACAGUAUGAUGCCCUGGUGACUGCUUAUAAACAAAGGAUAGAAUUUAGUAAUGCUUGGAUUGGGCUGAUCCGUACUGGAGAAUACCAAUGGGAGUGGUUGGAUCCUUCUUCUUCCUAUGAGAAUUGGGACAUGUCAAGCACUGGUUCUGACCAAGCAGCUCAGGCCUGCGGGGGAUUCUAUCCAGAUGAUUAUUUUGGUGGCAUUAUCAAGAACACUUGUGCAUACACACGUAAAUUCAUAUGUCGGUUAGAUUUAGGAACUUGA